AACCUCUUCAGUCGGGUGUCUUCAUUCGGUGAGAAAGCGUCCACAGAAGCAGCAGUCAUAUAUAGUGGACUUCUGGCAAGAAUCAACUAAUCAAUCCAUCCAGAAUGUCCCGCUGCAAACCACCGAAACCGGUGUCCUUUCCCACGCCGAUACGCUACGAAUGGAGCAAGGCGUACCUGGCCCGACCGAAGGAUAACCUCAUCGCCCAUCCGGACAGCUUGCUGAAGCAUCCGUUCCGGCCAUCGUUUGAGAAGCAUGGUGAUCCAACUAUGGACUGUCUGCUCGACUGGUCGUACGCCAGAAUUUGGCACUCGGAGGCGGAAGCGUUUCGCCUGAACCGGACGUUUACGGAAAAACCGGCACCGAAGAAGAAGUUUCCGAUCUACGCGAACCGUAAAGCGCCACUGGUGGAGGUGAGCAAGGAACGGUUCAACAUGCGACGGUUCCAGAAUGUGCCGGCCAAGGUGGAAACACGGCGUACCGCAGCAGCUCCAUUGCGCCCGUUGUGUACUUUUUGAAGGGUGAAUUUGUUUAUUAGACGAAACUAAAUUUCCCACACUA